AGACUCGAGCAGUCUGCAGAGGAGCGGCAGGGACAGCGGGUACAGUGAUAGUUGGUGCCCGGAACGUGGAGAGCUCCCCGCGCCGGCGGGCAGCCACCAGCGAGAGGGCUCCUUUGAGAGCUUGGACUCCUUUGGGUCAAGGUCUUUCACAAGCUGCUCAUCCGACAGCACCUUGAAAGGGGGCCGGGAAGGUUGCGAGAGUGACACAGAUUCGGAAUUUACAUUCAAGAUGCAGGAUUAUAAUAAAGAUGAUAUGUCCUAUCGAAGGACUUCGGCGAUUGAACCCAAGGCUGCUUUACCGUUCAAUCGUUUUUUGCCCAACAAAAGUAGACCGGUCUCCUACGUGCCGGCGCCCUUGAGGAAGAAAAGGCCGGAUAAACAGGAGGAUAACCGGAGGAGCUGGGCAAGCCCCGUGUACACGGAAGCAGAUGGAACGUUUUCCAGUCAUCAGAGGAGUUGGGGCACCAACGUGGAGAACUGGUCAACAGGACAGGCAACGUCAAGCUCCUCUGGUUGUGUGGAGGUUGAAGAGAAGGCAGCAGGCAUGCCCAGUGUUGUCAAGGACGAUCUUUAUGUGCGCAAGCUCAGCCCGAUCAUGCCAAACACAGGGAAUGCAUCUGAUCAGUUUCUUCCCAAAUACUCAGCCCCAGAAGAUGUGAGCCGGAAGCGAAUAAAGAGGGAGACUUAUAAGCCAUGGUAUAAGGAAUUUCAGGGAUUCAGUGCAAUACACAGAGCAGAGCUCAGGCCAGACGACAACCAUCAGAGACGUUCGCUGGCGUUGGCACUAGCUACCAAACGGGCGCUAGGAGCGUGGGACGCACAUGCAGCCAGCAGCCGCGGGGGUGCCUCGGAGGAGCCCAGUCAGUUUUUAUUACUUCAGGCCCUUCAGACAUACUCUGAUGACAUCCUGUCUUCUGAAACAAAUGUCAAAAUUGAUCCUACGUCUGGCCCCAGGCUCAUAACACGCAGGAGGAAUCUCUCUUAUGCCCCAGGGUUUGGAAGAGAGAACCUCAGCCUGUCGACCCUGGAUCCUGACUUGGAGAACGACGAUUUCUUUGUUAGGAGGACGGGGGCUUUCCACGCAAACCCCUGUGUGCUCCAGGCCUUUGACGAUUUCAGGAGGUUCUCUGAGCAGGACGAGCCUGUCGAGCGAGAUAUCAUUUUGCAAUGCAGAGAAGGUGAACCUGUACUUCCAGAUUUAGAGAGAGAUGACAUGAUCGUCCGCCGAAUCCCAACACAGAAGAAAGAGGUGCCUCUGUCCGGAGGCCCAGACAGAUACCAGCCAGUCCCUUUCCCCGAGCCCUGGACCCUCCCUCCGGAAAUUCAGGCAAAAUUUCUCUGCGUGCUUGAAAGGACGUGCCCACCCAAAGAGAAAAGUGCUGGCUGUCGGGUGCUAGUUUCUGCCUAUCGGCAAAAGAAGGACGACAUGUUGACCCGUAAGAUCCAGUCCUGGAAGCUGGGCACUGCGCUGCCCCCUGUCAGCUUCAUGCCUGGCCCCUGCAGUGAGACGGACCUGCAGAAGUGGGAGGCCAUCCGGGAAGCCAGCAGAGUUAGGCACAAGAAACGGCUGAUGGUGGAGAGACUCUUUCAAAAGAUUUAUGGUGACAAUGGGAGUAAAUCCAUGAGUGAUGUGAGCACCGAGGAUGUUCAGAACCUGCGUCAGGUGCACUACGAGGAGAUGCAGAAAAUACGAUCACAAUUAAAGGAGCAGGACCAGAAAUGGCAGGAUGACCUUGCGAAAUGGAAAGACCGUCGAAAAAGCUACACUUCAGAUCUGCAGAAGAAAAAAGAGGAGAGGGAAGAAAUUGAAAAGCAGGCGCUUGAGAAGUCGGAGCGAAGCUCCAAGACCUUCAAGGAAAUGCUGCAGGACAGGGAAUACCGGAGUCAAACGUCGCCCAGUGACCAGCAGAGAACAGCUGCACCCAGAAGGAGGAUGUAUUCAUUGGAUGAUGUUCUGAAUGAAGAAAAUCUGCCCGCUCCAUUGACUGUGUCAGAAGCAAGUGCCCAGAGUGAGAGAGUGGAAGAGAAGGGGGCAACUUACCCUACAGAAAUGUCCAAAGAAGGUUCUACAACCUUGGCAAAACGAGAGGCCCCUCUGAUGGCUGAAAUUCCGCUUCCUUCCAAAAGUCCUGCGGAAGAACAACGCCCAGAUGCUCUGUCUUCCCAGCAGCCACUGAGUAUACAAAUGGAGUCACCUCGGGUUUCAGCUUCUUUCCCCAGAAGUUCCCAGAAAGCCGAUACCGCUAGACUAACGUCUGUGGUCACGCCGAGACCUUUUGGCGUCCACUCCAGAGGAAUCUCAUCACUCCCCAGAUCCUACACGAUGGAUGAUUCUUGGAAGUACAAUGGAAAUGCAGGCAGCAUGAAGAGAACUGAGAAUACCUCUGCUCCACAGCCGGAUACAAGCCAACUGACUGUCGGUGUGCCCCGUGAGACAGAGGCGGCGGCGGUGAGAGUGCCCUCUCCUGCACCCUCCUCCCCCACCUCCUCGCUCUCCCAGGACCAGAGAGCCACUUCUAAAGGCCAGCUGUCUUCAACCUCUGGCCUCGACUUAAUGUCGGAAUCUGGAGAAAGCGGAAGCUCUUCACAAGUAGAGGUCUCAAGGUCACAGGAUCAGUUCAGCGAUAUGAGAAUCAGCAUAAACCAGACGCCUGGGAACAGCCUUGACUUUGGGUUUACGGUGAAAUGGGACUUUUCCGGGAUCUUCGUAGCAUCAGUUGAAGCAGGCAGUCCGGCGGAGUUUUCCCAACUGCAGGUAGAUGAUGAAAUUAUUUCUGUUAACAACACCAAGUUUUCAUAUAAGGACACAAAAGAGUGGGAGGAAGCUAUGGCUCAUGCGCAGGAGACUGGACACCUGGUCUUGGACGUCAGGCGCCACGGGAAGUCUGACUGGGGCACAGACCACACGUCCCUGCCAUUCACACGGCACCAAACCCUCAAUCUCACCAGUAUGGCUACCAAAAUUAUAGGUUCACCUGAAACAAAGUGGAUUGACACAACUUCUGGAAUUUACAACUCAGAGCAAUCUUCAAAUCUGUCACUAACAACUGACUUCUCCGAAAGCCUCCAGCAUUAUAACACCGAAUCCAAAGAAAUCAAUGGAAUUCGUGAAGAAAGCAGUCCUUUUGAAUCAAAAGCAUCUGAACCCAUUUCUUUGAAAAACUUAAAAAGGCGAUCACAAUUUUUUGAACAAGGAAGUGCCGAUUCUGUGGUUCCUGAUCUUCCAGUCCCCACGAUCAGUGCCCCGAGCCGCUGGGCGUGGGAUCAAGACGAGGAGCGGAAGCGACAGGAGCGGUGGCAGAAGGAGCAGGACCGGCUACUGCAGGAAAAAUAUCAACGCGAACAGGAGAAACUGAGAGAAGAGUGGCAAAGGGCCAAGCAAGAGGCCGAGAGGGAGAAUUCCAAGUACUUGAACGAGGAACUGAUGGUCCUCAGUUCCAGUAGCAUUUCCCUGACCCGGCGGGAGCCCAGUGCUGUCACCUGGGAAGCCACCUGGGGCAAAGAGUCCAAGUCUUCUGACAGGGAAGGAACCCGAGCAGGGGAGGAAGAGAGGAGCCAGCAGCCAGACGGAGGGGUGGACGAGGACCAGAGGAGGGAGCUGCAGGAAGAGCUCUUCCCGGAGAAUGAGUGGAAGCUGAGGGAGGAGCAGGAGAGGCUGCAAGCCGAGGCCGAGGCCCAAAGGAGGCAUCGGACUGAGAUGGAAGAGCAGAGGCGUCAGGCGGAGAUGGAAGCUCAGCAGAGGCGUCAGGCGGAGCUGAUUGAAGAAGAGCAGAGGCGUCAGGCUGAGAUUGAAGCUCAGCAGAGGCGUCAGGCGGAGCUGAUUGAAGAAGAGCAGAGGCGUCAGGCGGAGAUGGAAGCUCAGCAGAGGCGUCAGGCGGAGCUGAUUGAAGAAGAGCAGAGGCGUCAGGCGGAGAUGGAAGCACAGCAGAGGCGUCAGGCGGAGAUGGAAGCUCAGCAGAGGCGUCAGGCGGAGGCCCAGGAGCAGAAGAGGCAACAGGCUAGCGAGCAGAAGCGCCAGGCAGAAGAACAGAUGCGCCAAGCAGAAAGAGCGCGGGAGACUUCAGUGAAAAUAUACCAGUACAGAAGGCCUCUCGACUCCUACGAUAUGCCAGCGCACGGAGGAGACGGCUCAGGAUUGCUUCCCGGUGACAGGAAUAAAUCCAGAUCCACCACUGAAUUGGAUGGCUACCCAACAAACAAAAAUGGAAGCAGUAAGUAUUUGGACCGAACCUGGAGCACCAGCACUUCACAGAGGAGCUCCAAGAAGGAGCAGGGCCCCUCAGAAGCCGAGCUAGAGAGACAACAGAUCCUUCAAGAGAUGCGGAAGAGAACAUCUCUACACAAUGACAACAGCUGGAUCCGACAGCGCAGCUCCAGUGUGAAUAAAGAGCCCAUCAGUCUGCCGGGAGGGAUGAGAAGGGGUGAAUCUCUAGAUAACCUGGAUUUGCCAAGAUCCAGUUCUUGGAGGCAAGCCCCUUGGCUCAAUCAGCCUACAGGAUUCCACACCGCUUCCUCCGAGCAAGAUUUCAGCCGCCCACCGCCUCAGCUGUUGUCCACCUCAAACCGUGCCUACAUGCGAAACCCAGCCUCCAGCUUACCCCCGCCUUCAGUGGGUUCCGUGAAGCCUGUGACCCCCAGCGUGUCUGCUGCCCCGUCCCCCACCCCGCGCAGCCAUUCCCCUUUGGCCUCCCAGUCGGGGUCCCAGCAACGCAACAGGUCGGUCAGUGGGAAGCGAGUGUGUUCCUACUGCAGUAACAUUCUGGGCAAGGGAGCCGCCAUGAUCAUCGAGUCCCUGGGUCUGUGUUACCAUUUACAUUGUUUCAAGUGCGUGGCCUGUGACUGUGACCUCGGAGGCUCUUCCUCAGGAGCCGAAGUCCGAAUCCGAAACAGCCAGCUGUACUGCAACGACUGCUAUCUCCGAUUCAAAUCUGGACAGCCAACCGCCAUGUGAUGUAAGCCUUCAUACGAAAGCGCUGUUGCAGAUCGAAGAAGAGGUGGCUGCUGCUGACGUAGACCUAUAAAUACACGUUGUAUGACUUUUGUUCUCCCUCAUAUUUUUAACACAAUAACCGCCCCCUCCCCGGCACGGUUCUUUUUUGUUGCCUCCUUAGAUGACAGAGAAGCACUGUAUUCCUGAGACAACCUGUGUUAUUAUUGUUGUUUAUUUAUACGAAGGUAAUUACGUGUGGGUGUUGGGGGGAGGGGAAGUGCAGUAUUUACUUUUUUCUUUUUUUUGCAUUCAUUAUAUUAAAAGUACAAAGGAAAAAAGAUUUUCAAAAUAUUUUUGAGGCCGAUCAUGAAUUUAGUUUGACUUUCUUGUGGUGUUCUGAAGAGGGUAAUUUUUUGUUUUGUUUAAAAGUCUUUAAGCCUUCUUGGAGAUAGUUAAUAUAAAUUUGGGACUGCAUUUGCUUUGUUUAUUAUAAUGUAUUCUAAUUCAUGCAGAACCAGAUGGAGAAUUUUGUCAAAUCCCACUCCCAAAUUUGUUUUUUGUAUCCCCCCCCCAGCGUAUGCAAUAUUAUGAUUUAAAGAAAAAUUAGCUCAUGUAACAUUUUUUUGGCUUAAUGAGGGGAGCUGUAUUUUCUUUACCAUAAUUGUUAAGUAAUCAUCAACAAGAAGCAUCUUUUGUUCAGUAACCAAAAUAUAACCCUGGUUUGUGUACCUGAAGGUUUUCUCCAGAAACUAGUAAGCCUCUUUGUUCAAUUGCUUUUGUAAAUAAAACCGAGGAUGCAUUUAAAGCGUG